AUGGCAAGCCCAUCAAGCCCAAAGAAAUCAUCCUUGUCUAAACAAACAUCAACAGCCGGACGUCCACCUCAGGCUGUGAAAUUCGCUCGCCGGACGUCAAGUGGACGUGUGGUGAGCCUCUCCAGGGACGAUGAUUUGGACAUGUCGGGUGAAUUUACACCCCAAAAUGACUACAUCAAUUACACAGUUCUUAUGCCUCCAACGCCGGAUAACCAACCCUCUUCGGGCACCGGACAAGGCUCGGACUCGAAGCCUGAGGGGUCUAACUCGUACCAAACCUCGCGGUUUGGGCCGGAGGCCCGACAGAUGAGUCGGCGGGUGGGGGCCGGGGAUGGUGGUUAUGGUGAUCAUGGCGGUGGUGGUAAUAAUGGAACAAAAACGGACAGGAGAAUGUCAGUAAUGAAAUCAAAUAAUAAAUCAAUGUUGUUGAGGAGCCAAACGGGGGAUUUUGAUCAUAAUCGUUGGUUGUUUGAAACAAAAGGGAAGUAUGGAAUUGGAAAUGCAUUUUGGACACCAUCUGACAAGGAUGCUUAUGGACCUGAUGUGAGCAUGCAAGAUUUUAUGGACAAGCCUUGGAAACCACUCACCAGGAAGGUUAAGGUUCCGCCUGCUAUUCUCAGCCCUUACAGACUACUCAUAGUAUUUCGUUUGGUGGCUCUUGCUUUCUUCCUUCAAUGGAGAAUCCGAAACCCAAACCCGGAUGCAAUGUGGUUGUGGGGGAUAUCCAUAGUUUGUGAACUUUGGUUUGCAUUUUCAUGGAUAUUAGAUAUUCUCCCUAAGCUCAACCCCAUCAAUAGAGCUACUGACCUCGUUGCCCUCCAGGACAAGUUUGAAACUCCUACUCCCGCCAACCCUCGCGGCCGCUCCGAUCUUCCCGGCGUCGAUGUCUUCAUCUCCACGGCUGACCCCGACAAAGAGCCUCCACUUGUCACUGCCAACACCCUUUUAUCCAUUCUUGCCGUGGACUAUCCUACUGAGAAGCUCUCUGCCUAUAUCUCUGACGAUGGUGGCGCCAUUCUCAGCUUUGAGGCCAUGGCUGAAGCCGUUCGUUUUGCGGAGGUAUGGGUGCCGUUUUGUCGAAAGCACAAUAUUGAGCCAAGGAACCCGGACAGUUACUUCAGCCAAAAAAGGGAUCCGACGAAGAACAAGAAGCGUCCGGACUUUGUCAAGGACCGGCGCUGGAUCAAGAGAGAGUAUGACGAGUUCAAGGUGAGGAUCAACGGUCUACCGGAGGUAAUACGACGACGUAGUGAUGGUUACAACUCCAGAGAGAACAUGAAGGAGAGGAACAUUGCCCGGGAAAAGAACGGUGGGGAGACAACACAAGAGCCCAGCAAUGUAAGCAAAGCCACGUGGAUGGCUGAUGGGACGCACUGGCCUGGCACAUGGCUCCAUCCCACGGCUGAUCAUGCUAAAGGCGACCAUGCUGGAAUUUUGCAGGUGAUGAGCAAGGUCCCGGAACCUGAUCCAGUAAUGGGUCAUCCAGACGAGAAAAGAUUGGAUUUCACAGGGGUAGAUAUUCGGCUACCAAUGUUUGCAUAUGUUUCAAGAGAGAAAAGGAAAGGUUAUGACCACAAUAAGAAGGCUGGAGCCAUGAAUGCCAUGGUUAGAGCUUCAGCAAUAUUGUCAAACGGGCCAUUCAUUCUGAAUUUGGAUUGUGACCAUUACAUAUACAAUUGUAAAGCAAUCAGGGAGGGAAUGUGCUUCAUGAUGGACCGCGGCGGUGAUCGAAUCUGCUACAUACAGUUUCCUCAGAGAUUUGAAGGGAUCGAUCCCUCGGAUCGCUAUGCUAAUCAUAACACUGUCUUCUUUGAUGGAAAUAUGAGAGCAUUGGACGGUCUCCAGGGGCCAGUGUACGUGGGAACUGGGACAAUGUUCAGGAGAUAUGCACUCUAUGGAUUCAACCCACCAAGGGCAACGGAGUACUUAGGCGUGGUUGGGCAAAAUAAAGCUCCAGCUCCUAUUGUUCAACCACGAUCAAAUGAAGACGAUUCAGAGACACAGCCUCUAGCGCUAGCCUCGCACCCGGACCUGGACCUGCCAAGGAGGUUUGGGAAUUCACAAUUGUUUGCCGAAUCUAUUGCUGUUGCCGAGUACCAAGGAAGGCCGCUAGCAGAUCAUAUUUCUGUCAAGAAUGGCAGGCCUCCUGGUUCAUUGCUCGUGCCUCGUCCUCCACUCGAUGCACCUACUGUUGCUGAGGCAGUUGCGGUCAUUUCCUGCUGGUACGAGGACAAGACAGAAUGGGGGCAGAGAGUAGGGUGGAUCUAUGGGUCAGUGACGGAGGAUGUCGUGACAGGUUACCGUAUGCACAACCGUGGAUGGCGGUCUGUUUACUGCAUCACAAAGCGUGACGCCUUCCGAGGUUCUGCACCCAUUAAUCUAACAGACCGUCUCCAUCAAGUUCUUAGAUGGGCUACAGGUUCAGUGGAGAUCUAUUUCUCCCGUAACAAUGCCAUUUUCGCAACGAGACGCCUCAAGUUUCUACAGCGCAUUGCAUAUCUCAACGUCGGCAUCUACCCUUUCACUUCAUUCUUCUUGGUUUUAUACUGCUUCCUUCCAGCUCUUUGCCUCUUCACCGGAAAAUUCAUCGUUCAAAACCUCAACACCACUUUCCUUACUUACCUUCUCAUAAUCUCAGUAACACUAACACUAAUCUCCCUUUUAGAAGUGAAAUGGUCAGGAAUUGGGCUCGAGGAAUGGUGGAGAAAUGAGCAAUUUUGGUUGAUUGGUGGCACUAGCGCUCACCUGGCUGCUGUGAUCCAGGGUCUCCUUAAAGUGCUUGCCGGUAUCGAAAUCUCAUUCAAGUUAACAACAAAGUCUGCAGCUGAUGAUGAUGAGGACAUGUACGCCGAUCUUUAUGUAGUAAAAUGGACAAGUCUCUUCAUAAUGCCACUUACAAUCAUAGUGGUGAACAUUGUUGCAAUUGUUAUGGCGUUCUCGAGAACUGUUUACAGCAUAAUUCCGCAAUGGAGUAAGCUACUGGGAGGAACAUUUUUCAGCUUCUGGGUGUUGGCUCACAUGUAUCCAUUCAUCAAAGGAUUGUUGGGGAGAAGAGGGAGAGUUCCCACAAUUGUAUAUGUGUGGGCAGGUUUGGUUUCCAUUACAGUUUCAUUGCUUUGGAUAUCAAUUAGUCCCCCUGAUAACAAAAAUUCUCAGCAAAAUUUAUAA